AAUAGCAUGAAGGCCGAGUCAAAGUCAACACCUUUAGGUAAUACCAUGGAUAGGGAAAACCUUCCAAGUCAACCUAGAAGUGUUUCUUUAGAGGCUGCGGAUACUACUGACCUCCCGGAGUCCGAAGAAAACACGACUUUCACAAGUGUUGAAACUUCCAUUGACACCGUUCCCAACCAGAACACUCUUACUUCAAGUGAAAAUAAGGCGCUGCAUCCAGGGGUUGUAUGUAAAAUAUGUCAAAAGUACAUAAGCUGUAAAGAUACUCUAGUAAGGCAUAUCCUAUUUAGACAUAAGUUGACGAAGAGAGACCAGGAUGGAAAUAUAAUUAUACCCAACCUUGAAGAUCCAAACUUCAUUUGUCAACCUUGUAAUCAAGUGUAUGAUACCAAAUCAAACUAUCUUAAGCAUCUCCAAAUAAAACAUGCAUUUGUUAUUGAGUCCAAGCUUCAGACGCUUAUUUGCCCCACUUGCUUGAAAUUGUUCGGCUCCAAUCAAGAAUACUUCGCACACAUGAGUGAGGUAGAGAAUCGAGUUCUCUGUUAUCCAGGCCAAAAAAAAAGUGAGGCCUUUUGUGAUGUGUGUUGCACUGUAUUUAGCCAUCAGAGUAACCUUCUGUACCAUAUUGAAAAAUAUCACAAGCAGCACCCGAGAAGACGGAAGUCGCAAUUUUAUUGUCAGUCAUGCGAUCAUUACUUUUAUACUUACUAUUCAUUAUGCAAGCACCGCACCAUUUUACAUAAAGUUUCACCGGAAAAUAUCCAUCGGCUCAUGCAUGUCCAAGUAGAAGAUAUGCCUAAAUCAGAGUAUAAUAUGUCCAGCGCUGACAGCACAACCACAUCCAAAAGUCUGUCCGAGGUAGAACCUGAUUCUGAGGAAGGUUGUAAGUCGGCUUUAAAUCCAGAACACAUGACAGUAAAUAUAAAUAAGGGAGACACUAUAGAUUUAUAUUGCAGACCAUGCGAGAAGUACUUUGAUUCGUUAGUAGCAUACCGCAGUCAUCUCCAAGAUAUUCAUAAGGCAUCUCUAGGACCCAAAGUUUCGAAUUCAAGAUUAGUGUUUACAAGAUCUCAAGUUAGCUCAUCUGAACCUAGAAAAGCAAAGGCUUUUGAUGAACUGGGUUGUCCCAUGUGUGAUAAUCAAGUUGCCUCAGAGGAAUCGUGUAACAAUCUUGUAAAAGGGGCGCAAGAGACUUCUUCUAAUGAUAAAGAUAUGAAGAUCAUAAAAAAUUACAGUCUACAAAGAUUUAACCUAUCCAAACCAAUCUCUGAAAAACGGCAGCAAGAAAACGGAUUAUUUGUAUGUAGCGACUGCGGUAGUUUAUAUCUCAAAGAAAGUAGUCUCGAUCGGCAUCUCCUUAAAGCUCACGAGGGGACUCCAAAAUAUGCUUGUAGCCAUUGUAACCGGAAAUAUCGCCGAAUGGGUUUUUUACGUAAACAUAUGGAAGUGUGCCAUGUUGAGGAAAACGGAUCUAUCCCACACGCAAAAACCAUAAACGAAAGUUCAGCCACUUACUGUUCACUAUGCAAACGUAACUAUUCAAGCUUCGAUUCAUACAAUCAUCACAGAAGAUUUUUGCACAACAAAAAACACGUAGCAACAAAAAACCAGUAUUUUCGUAUUAGUAAAACGAGAAUAAAUAACCUGAGGACAAGGUCAACCAGUUUUUCGAGUUCUUUCAAUAGCACCGAAAAUUCCAGCAAGACACGCGGUAUCCGUCUUCACAACAGAAGUUUAAAGAUUCAAACCUUAAAAACAGCAUCACAAAGAGGUGGCCAACACAGAAUCGCUAGCACGGUAAAAAAACCCUCUGAAGAAACCUUUAAAAGCGAUCAGGAAGAAACAAGAGAGUCUAAUACAAAGACAGAACCAAAACCAAGGGAACAACCCAAUUUUAAUGAUCCCAACAAUUAUUGCUUGUUAUGUAAGCUAUCUUAUUCUUCUAGGGCUAUAUACUUGAUCCAUUUAUCUCAGACCCACGAUAUUGAAAAGGAUCCCAAUGAAUCACCAGAACAUGACGCCGCUUCUACUGUUGAUAUUCUGGGCGUUCUUGAUCCUGCAUCUUGCAACACCGCUCUACCAAACCCAUCCACUUUUACCAGUAUUACUGAGAAAGUCCACCAGAAAGAAGAAAUGGCGUCACAAAGUGCUCCCAGCCUAGCCGAAGAAGAGUAUUAUUAUGUUCCUGGUUAUUCCGACCCUGUAAAUCAAUCCGGUGUCCAAGCUCAUGAAACAGUCUAUGACAUAAUGUCAAUACCAGUUCAAGAAAAGCAGCCAGCUCCAACCACGUUGUAUACAUCACCCCUUCAAUUACAUCCUACUUGCCCUUGUCUUAAGACAUUUAAAAGCCAAGAAAACUACAUCAUCCAUAUGACUGGAUUUCACAAAAAUAUGUUAUUAGAACAUCAUUCCCAAACUGAAACAAUAGGAAUUUCUGACGCCCAGCUAGACAAUAUGAAAUAUGCUUCUGGCACUGCGACUUCUACUAGUCAAAGCUACGUCGAUGCUACAAAGUCAAUACCUCAACAACCAAGAUAUGAUAGUCAAACGAUUAUACGACAAACUUGCGUUACGAGUAACCUACCAAAUUCUAGUUGUGGUUCUUCAUACAAUCCCUAUAUUCCAAUUCAACCAAUGAUCAGUGUCAAUCAAGGACAAUUAUAUCAAGUACCAACAUUUACUUCAAAACGACAAAAGAUGGACGAACCCACGGUCCCGAGAGAACCUGAAAUGAUAUCUUGCGAGGUGUGUAACAUUAGCACUAGUUCUAAAUAUCACCUUAGCCGACAUCUCAAAAUGGGUCAUAGUGUGAUCCAAAAGGUGCUUGUCUUAUCUUGCCGACCCAACAGUGAAAUCCAACCUGACGCCAAUGAACUCGAUACUGUUUAUUGUAAAUCUUGCGAUUACCGAUUCGAGUCUGCCAAUGUAUACAGAAAGCAUUUAAUUGAUAUACAUCAGCUAAAUGUAAAGCCUAUUUCUGAGGAUGAUCCUACGGUAUAUGGAUGGUAUGAACUGGACGACUUGAGUAAUGUAUAUUGCAAGGUCUGCGAACACAUGUUUUCUGUACAUCCAUCUUUCUUACGUCAUAUGGCUGCAUUUCAUGAUGUCGACUUGGAGAAUAGGGAGACUAACAUUCAACAAAAAUUAUAAGCAUUUUUUAUCGUGUUAGUCCUAAGAUAGCAUAUGAGGCAUGAAUUUUAUUCAUUAUUGAAUAUCAAUAAAAUAAGUAUUAUUGCAUG